CCGGAAUGUCAAAACCCCCACCAUCGCAACUAAUUCAUCACUAUUGGCAGUAAUUCGACAAAUAGCCAGGAUGUCGAUGGAUAUAGACGUAGAUGCGCCUAUUUCGAUCGCGCCAUCUCAAGGGCUUAGCGGUGCCGCUGCCACCAUAUUCUGUUGCGACUGCGGCGCUCCCAUUGACGGAACGACCGCGAUAGACGCCAAGUGCUACGACUGCUUCAAACUUACCAAAGACAUAUCCCAAGGCAUCCAACGCGAAGCCACCCUACAUUUCUGCCGAGACUGCGAUCGAUGGCUUCAACCCCCGUCUAGCUGGGUGACAGCCUUACCAGAGUCCCGCGAACUUCUAGCCCUGUGCCUAAAAAAACUAAGCCUUAACCGAACACGAAUAAUCGAUGCGAGCUUCAUAUGGACAGAGCCGCAUUCCAGGAGAGUACGGGUGAAGCUCGUGGUUCAGGCGGCGGUGGCGGACGAUCGGGUAAUGCAGCAGGCUUUGGAGGUCGUAUACGUCGUAGCAUAUCAGCAGUGUCCCGAAUGCGCCAAGUCAUACACGGCCAACGUGUGGAGAGCGAGCGUCCAAGUCCGUCAGAAGGUCUUACACAAACGCACAUUCCUAUACCUCGAGCAAUUGAUCCUAAAACACGGUGCUCAUCGAGAAACCAUCAACAUAAAGGAAGCCAAGGACGGCAUCGACUUCUUCUUCUCCGCCCGAAACCAAGCCGAAAAGUUCGUCGACUUCCUAAACUCCGUCGUCCCCGUGCGCGUUAAGAAAUCCCAGGAGCUCAUCUCCCAGGAUAGCCACACAGCCAAAAAGUCCUACAAAUUCACCUUCUCGGUCGAGUUAAUACCGAUCUGCAAGGAUGAUUUAGUCGCGCUGCCCAUCCCGCUGGCUAAGCAGAUCGGCAAUAUCUCCCCGCUGGCGAUAUGCCACCGGAUCGGCACGUCGAUCAACGUGCUAGACCCGAACACGCUGCAGACGGCGGAAAUCAGCGCGCCGGUGUUCUGGCGGGCGCCGUUCGCCGCGCUGGCCGACGCGCAGGACCUCGUCGAGUUCAUCGUCAUGGACUGCGAGCCGAUCGGGCCGACGCGGGGGAAAUGGGUGCUGGCGGAGACGCAGCUGGCGCGGGCGACGGACCUCGGCGUCAACGACAAGACGUACUUCGCGCGCACGCACCUCGGCGGGCUCCUGCACGCGGGCGACUCGGUCAUGGGGUACAUGCUGACGGGGACCAACUUCAACAACCCGCACUUCGAGGCGCUCGAGGAGUCGCACACGUACGCGUCGCGCAUCCCCGACGUCGUCGUCGUCAAGAAGCACUACCCGAACCGCCGCCGCAACCGCAAGAGGCAGUGGAAGGUCAAGCGCAUGGCGAAAGACGAGGGCGAGCUGCUGCCCAAGAAGGCCGACCAGGAGCGCAUGGACCGCGAGUUCGAGAUGUUCCUGCAGGAUAUCGAGGAGGAUGAGGAGUUCCGCCAGGGCGUCCAGUUGUAUAAGCAGCCGCCGCGCCGGAAACAGCCUGAUGAGAUGUCUAUGGCGACGACGGAGGAUGGGGACGGGGAUGGGGAUGAUGAUGCGCCGAGGGUGGAUAUGGAUGAGUUGCUUGAGGACUUUGAUGAACUUACGAUGGAGGAUCAGUAGGGAGGGGAAAAAGGGAUGGGCUGGGAAAAUUUUAUUGUCUACCUUUUAGACGACUAAGGACUUACAAUGUCUUAUUACUGAGAGAUUUAGAUUCGGUGUUCACAAACUCAAGCAGAUUAUUGCGAGUCCAACGAAGUAAAUUACUCUACACCUCGUCUCUUCCUUAUGAUGCCCAUUUC